AUGGAAGAAGGGAAAAUAUCUGGGAAAGCAGAACUUCAAAGAAGAUUAGAGAUGUUGAAAGCAGAAACAGAACUGGAAAGAGCAGUGACACUUUUGAGGUUUGAGGAAAAUUUUGGUGAUAUUUCCGACGCAGCUUGGAGUGUGAAAGAGAAGCCGAUCAGCGAGAUAAGUUCUGAUAUGUUACCACUUAGAGCUUACCUAACCCAACAGUUCACAGUCCAUGUCGACCGGGGGCAGAAAGCGAGUCCAAAAUCCCUGUUGGAGAUCCCUCCUUGAGCAUUCCACCAAGGAAUACGUUUCCUAGUCCUGCCCCAAGAGAUUCUUUCCCACACGUUCCAGUUAGCCGUCCUGAUGUUCCAGCAAGAGAUUCUUUCCCACACGUCCCAGUUAGCCGUCCUGAUGUUCCAGCAAGAGAUUCUUUCCCACAUGUUCCAGUUAGGCGUCCUGAUGUUCCAGCAAGAGAACGGUUAAAGCUGCAACAUUAACUGAGAAGCUAAAAGUCGUUAAUCAGCAGCGGCUUUGUAGAAGAUGUCUCGAGAAAGGCCACUUUGCUGCAUCAUGCAAAAGGAAAUUCGUCUGUUUAAAGAAAGGUUGUGGAAAAGAGCACCAUUGGUUAAUCCAUCCGGAAGAAAGGAAACAGAAGGAUGAUGCCGAUGAUCCUGGAAAUGACAAACCUGAGAUAGAGAAUGUUGAUCCUAAUUUUCCAGCAAAGAAUGCCCUGAAUUCCCAAGUGGACGCUGCCAACAAUCACGCUACGGUCGCUACCAUCGGAGUCAACCAACCUAGAGUUUGUUUUAAAGUUGUUCCUGUCAAGAUCCGAAGUCCAAACGGUGAGAAGGAAGUGACCACUUGCGCGUUUCUAGACAGUGGCUCUGAUACUACCCUUUGUCUGAGUACUUUAGCAGACGAGCUCGGCUUAGAAAGUACUGCAGUGGAUUAUACGAUGGUCACGAUGAACGAUAGGCGAGUAAAACAAGGACAUCGAGUUUGUUUGCAGAUAAGUUCAUUAGACGGUGAUACAGAUUUCGAGCUGAAUAAUGUUCUGACUACAGACCGGCUCUCGGUAACAACAAAGCAUUUCGCGACUGAAGAGCAAGUAAACAAAUGGUCACAUCUGAAUGGAAUUCAUUUGCCACAGAUCGAAGACAAGAGAGUUAAGAUCCUGAUUGGUAUGGACCGUCCAGAUGUGAUUGAGAAUGACAUCGAGAAACGAAAAGGUAGAAGGGGUGAACCCUACGCUGUGAAAACUCCGUUAGGAUGGACUGUGUGCGGCCCGAUAUCAGACAACGGAGGAGAUAUAAGCGAGGACACAUUCGUUAAUUUCAUUCAAAGUGAACAUGUUGGUAUUGAUGAGCAAUUAAGUGUAUGUACAACAUAG